CACACACUAGACACAGGGCUUUCAACAAGUUUUCAAUCUGUUUUCUCAUUCAUCACAAACAAAUUGAGUUCAAUUAUUACUACAAUGAAUGUUCAAUGAAAUAUUAAUUUAAAAUAAUUCAUAGUUUGUUGACUAAUAUGAAGUGCGAAGCGAAACAGAUAUCAGAUUUAGUGGGAGAAUGGGGUAUAUGGCAGAGGAAUCUCACCAUUUUUGUCUUCAUCUUGACCGCACUUAAUGCUUAUAAUGAUUUAAGUUAUACUUUCCAUACAUAUGAAGUGGACUAUUGGUGUAAAGAUGUUCCCAACGAUUAUAUGUAUGACUUAGUGUGUGAUCGGUCUAACUAUGCUUCCCUCAGCCAAUCCCUUUAUAUGUUUGGAUUCUUAAUAACUGGAUUAAUAUUGUCUCAAUUUGCCGAUAAAUAUGGCAGAAAGCCAUUGGUUUGGGUAUCGUUUAUAAUAGAAAUAAUAGCUCUAACAUCGAGUGCCCUUUCGGUUAAUAUAACUCAGUAUUCAAUUUCUCGACUAUUUGUCGGGCUAUCAAUGUACGGAUGUUCCGGUGCGAUGUGCACCUCUCUCUUGGAGAGUUGUGGACCAAAACAUAGGUCUGAUAUCUACAUGCUUUCUGGAAUUGGUUGGGUUUUGGGCUGUGUAGUCAUUCCCGGAACUGCCUUUUGGUUUAGAGAUUUUCGAUAUAUGAAUUGGAUUGCAUUACUGCCCAUUGGAUUCUUAAUGGUUUGGUUUUAUUUCAUACCGGAGUCUCCCCGUUGGCUCAUCACCAAUGGCCGCAUAUCUGAGGGCAAAGAGGUCCUGAGGAAUAUUAUCAAGCAAAAUGGAUUAAGCGAUCAAGACUUUGAUGAAAAAUUUGCUGAAUUCACCAAACAUUUACUGAGAAAUGAAGAGUCGGAAAAGUCUGCCAAAACAUAUACAGUCUUAGACUUAUUGAAGACAUCAAAUCUCCGUAAAUAUACGCUUAUAUUCUGGUUCUCGUGGAUUGUCGUCGGUUUGGUUUAUUACGGCUUUAGUCUAAAUAUGGAUGAAUUUGGGGGCAAUUUUUAUAUAACAUUCCUAUUGUCAGGAGUGGUUGAAUUGCCCUCAGCUUUCAUCUCAAUCACUGCUCUCAGAUAUAUAGGCCGAAGAACAGCGUUGAUUAUAUUCCUCGUAAUAAUAGCCGUGUCUUCGUUGGCUAUAAUCCCGACCACUGACUCCACAUUGAAAGUGACGUUUGCAUUGAUCGGCAAGUUUGCUGUCGGAGCUCUUUGGUGGAUAUAUGAGGUCUAUGUUCCAGAAGUAUAUCCAACUGUACUCAGAAAUACCGGAGCUGGCACUUCAUCAUCAUUUAGUAGAGUAGGAUCGAUGGCCUCCCCAUUCAUGAAAAAUUUGGCUGCGAUUACAAGUCUGACAUUUGUGAUGACAUUCUAUGCAAUCAUUUCACUAUUUAUCGCAGUUUUGGCCUUAUUUUUACCCGAAACUAAAGGUAUUGAAAUCCCCGACACAUUAGACGAAGUGGAGACACAAAAGACACAAAAAUGAGUUUUUCAAUUAAUUUGUUUUGAC